CAAACAAGAUGGCCAUACGCUCCUGGACCCCCGAGGGGUUUGUCAACAAGAAGUUGGUGCGGCCAGCCUCGGUCUCCACAAGCCUGUCCCUGGAGCUAUGCACCUUCCCCACAACCUUGGGCUCCUCGGUAGCGGCCAAUGCGCUAGAGCAGCUCUUUGUUGUAGAAAAAUCUCUGCAAGGAGACUAUUUCACAUGCAAUGAAGAAGUUAAGACCUUUCUUAAGGACAUUACUGUAGCUGUUAAAAAACUGGAAGAAAUGCGGAAAAACACGGUAGAACUGCUGGAGAUUGAAAGCAUGGAGCUGAGCCGACUUUACUUUCUGCUGGAGACUGUGCCCAACAGCAUACACAGGGAGCUAGAAGAAUGUAUUGCAGAUGCUCGCAAACUCAAUAUCAUUGAGAUAAGUCAAAUAAAAAGAAAGAUUGAGACGAUGAAUAAUGAAGUAAAAUUUCUAAACAACAAAAUAAGCGAGCUGAAGACCAUGAAUGAAGUUCUGGGUGCAAAGCAAGCAGAGCUGGCGAAGCAGCAUGAACAGUAUGUCCUGCUGCUGAACCAAACCUUGGAAGAGAAAGCUGCCACCACUAUUUACAUAAAUGACACUUAUACCAGAAUGAACUUUGAGAAAGAAGAAAUAGAACUCCAAAAACAAUGUCUGCAAGAGACAACUCAUUUAAUAGAAAAACAGAAACAAGAAUAUUUGGAAAAGAAAGAAUAUCUGGCUAUCCGCAUUAAAGAGACAAAGCAAUCCUGUGACGAUAAGAGAAAAGAGACAUAUUAUAAGAGGAAAGAAUUGACCAGAUUACAAAAUAAAAUAAUAAAAAUGAAGCAAACAGUUACUUCCAGCUCAGUGAUGAUUUCUGACCAAAGUGUAGAGAUAGGCAUACUACAGGAAGCAAUAACCAUUUGGAAGAAAAAGGUAGAAGAUAUGAGGAGACUGUGUGAAAGUUUGGAGGAAAAACUGUCAUUUUUUGUGACUCACAUGCAAAAUCUGGAUACUACAUCUACUGAGAAGAAGACUGCAUUUGUGAAUAAAAUACAGAAGGUCCUUGAAGUUCAGAUGUUCACCCUGUCCUCAAAACAUCAGAAACAGAUGAUGGUGAUUACUCAGAAAGAAACCUUCCUAGCACAAAGAGAACAUGACAUCAAGUUUAUGGAGAACGGAUUUGGAGUCCUUAAUGAUCUGAAUAUAGCAUCACGGGAAGCAUAUGGAAGACAAAUAGAAAUCAUGUCUGGUAAUCGGCAAAGAGAAAUUCAGAGAUGUGUCAUAAAUCAGUGGAGAAUAUUCUGUACGAGAAAAAGACACGCACAUUGGCUACAGAAGAUAAAGCUGUCCUUGAAAAAAAUUAUAAUUCAAAUUGAGAUUGCAGAGCAAAAGCGCCUUCGGUUGCUCGAAGAGACAAAGCGUAGAAAGAAGGAGAUCAAUCAUUUUGUGCACCUAAUUGAAACACUUAAGGAGCAGCUAGCCCAAGACCAGAAGGACUAUGUCAAAAAAGAAAAAAAGUUAAUCGAAGAACUAGGCACCUAUGAGACUCUAAUCUUAAACGAAAUCCAGAUUAACAAAGUGAAAGAAGAGGAGCUAGGUGAAACCCUCCCACAGCUUCAGGUAGCAGAAGAGGACUUCAGAGAAAAAAACAGGACACUCAGGACCCUCCACAGUGACGUUUCAGCAAAGAAGCAAGAAGAGAAAAUGGUGAGCAACACCAUUUUCCGCUAUAGAAAGGACAUCAUCAGAUGUACCGACGGCACGGAAAAUAUGAAGCGAGAAAUAAAAAUCUUACGAGACCUUGAAAGUGAGAAAACCCACAAACAUUUUGAAAUUCUAAAGAACUUAGAAAAUGAAAUCUAUGUAAAUGACCAAAAGAUGGCCCUUCUCAUCCUGGAAAACCGAAAAUUAAGAGAAUAUCUUGCCUACCUGAAGAAACAAAUCAAUGAAUAUGUGUCAAAGCAAGUAAUAACUGUACAGCACUCAGGUGACCUCUCUUGGCAACUGAUAGUUCAGCACUCACAGUAUUCAGAUCUGCUGUCAGCAUUUCAGAUCAUAAUUAAGGAACUGGUGGGCACCGGAGAAGACACUUUGCAAGAAAUUAAGUCUCUGGUGGCGAAGCUGCAGUACAGGGAUGAGAAAAUCGAGUCCAUCAGCACCUGGCUCCUGGAGGGAUUCGAAAGGCUGCGUCGUCUUAUGGAAGAGGACUCACCGACCAGCCUUAGUAAAGAGGACCUCCAGAAACUCGGAAAGAAGCAAAAGAACCAAGAAAUACUUCGCUUUUCCCCAUCUGCUCAUGCUAGGAGAAUCACAUUAAGCAGGAUCUGCAAAAUGAUAAAGAAACAACCAAGAAGCCGGAAGAAGAGGCACAGGCCAUGAACAAUAAUCUGAACAGAUCUUCAACCAAACUGACUCUAAACAGAAAGUUCGUUAUAUA